GGUCGUUUUCGAUUGGUCUAUAAAAUCUUUAAAAAACGAAGAAAUGAAAAUUUUAAGUGCGCUUUGAGAACCUAACAUUGGAAAAAUCAAUUACUUCUUCGAUAUGUUAAGGUGAGUGCGACAAAGUAAUUUCUGUUGAACAGUCGUGGUCUCCUAUUCGUACGGAACAGAAUCUCAGCACGGAAACAUACCGAAUCUAGGUAGCCUCUUAGAUUACUCUAACUCUAGUUUCGGUCUCCAAAUGCUGGUAGUUUCAAAAAACGAAUCUGAAGAGCAAAUUGACCGCCACAUAUAUUCGUUCGAAUGGCCAAGGCUUCCGGCAGUUUAAGAUAUCUUUUUCUAGCGGCAAAUCAUGAACAUGGGGCUAAAUUUCUCAAACAUGCGCAGACGUGGCUGUUUUUACGGAAUAAUUUUUGUGCUUAUACCAUGUACCAUUCUGAUCGUCGUUAUCGGUACUGACUACUCGUCGGAACAAUCUAUGUCCCAACGUAUGGCAGAGUUUCAGAUGCGCAUGCAAUAUCUGGAAUCAAUGUAUCGCGCAAAACAAGAGGAUGUGGCUAUCUUAUCGCAAUACCUUCGAUUUGUUUCCUUACAAGCCGUUGGAAGUAUCAGUGCGAUGAUGUCGACCAGAUCUACAUAUAGAACAAAUGUGUCUUCAGCAGCGAAUUUAGAUAUACUUGAAGGUUUAAGUCCCGAUUCUAGAUCGCUCAUUCGUAAUGUUACGACUGCGGCACGAUCGAUAGAAAGUUUAAAAUUGCCUACGGCAUUUCAUUUUCUACCGCACCUUCUGGACGACUCUGCAUCUCUGCAACCGAGCUACAUUGAAAGCAAGAAACGACAAGGUGUCAGCAUGGUUCUCGGAAUUCCGACGGUGAAACGCGACAAACAAUCGUAUAUAGUCGAAACGAUAGAUAAUCUCAUUUCCAACAUGGAUGAAGACGAGCAGAAUGAUACAAUGAUUGUUGUUUACGUUGGCGAGCCAGACCUCGCUUAUGUAAAGGGGGUGGCCCAACGAAUACGUCACCGAUUUGGAAGCUUCAUAGACAGUGGAUUCUUGGAAAUUAUUGCUCCCUCUAUUUCUUAUUAUCCUAACAUGAAUAAUCUUCGACAAACGUUAAAUGAUUCUUUAGAAAGAGUGCGAUGGCGCUCGAAACAAAAUCUUGAUUUUGCUUUUCUCAUGGCCUACGCACGCCCUAAAGGUGCCUUCUACCUGCAAUUAGAAGACGACAUACUUACCAAGAAAGGCUUCGUUACUAUUAUGAAAAAAUUUGCGUUGGAAAAAACAGCCAAAAAGGAAAGCAGCUCUUGGUUUGUUCUGGACUUUUGUCAACUAGGUUUCAUUGGAAAAAUGUUCAAAUCAGCCGACCUGCCUUGGUUAAUCACAUUCUUCCAAAUGUUUUUUAACGAAAAACCCGUUGACUGGCUUUUAUAUCAUAUGAUAUAUACCAAAGUGUGCAGCGUUGAAAAAGAUGCGAAAAACUGUAAACAGGAGAUGGCAAAACUGUGGAUACAUUAUAAACCAUCCCUGUUUCAGCAUAUAGGCAUGCAAUCGUCGCUCCGAGGGAAAGUGCAAAAGCUGAAGGAUAAACAGUUCGGCAAAAUUCCUAACUUUUAUCCUCAUCGUAACCCACCGGCUGUGGUGCGUAGUGGCAUACAACCUUACAAAUCGUACACGUUGCAAAAGGCUUAUACCGGAGAUAGUUUCUUCUGGGGAUUAAUGCCUCAACCAGGUGAUUUGAUCGAGUUCCUUUUCAAGCAUCCAACUACCAUACGCAGAUAUCUUUUCCGAAGCGGAAAUCUCGAACAACCGUCGGAUCGUUUUUACAACACCACGGUUGAAGUCCUGCCGGUUGAUACGAAUGGUUUAACAGGCAGUCAACUAGUACCCUACAAUGUAACAAAAGAUGGUUUCCUAGUAGUAGGAAGCUUCAAUAACUAUGGAAUAGCAGAAGGCACAAUCGAUUCUAAAAUCGGUAAACUAAAAGAACUUCGACUGCACGUCUAUAGUGAUAGUCAAAAUUGGGUGAUACUUAGAGAGAUUUACUUGCAGAGUAGCAGUGUAAGGUGACAAAAGCCGAUCCGCAUGUUGGGUGCUUUGCGAUCUAACAACAAGAUAACAAGGAGCGUUGCUCUGCCAUUUGCUGUAAAUGAUCACACCUAUGGUGCUGCAAAGACGCCUAAACAAAAUGAGAACAGCAUGAUAUCGAGUGGCCGCGUGUUUUCUCAAAAUGGCACAUAUUCGUCCUUGAGUUCAAAUCCAAUCCAAUAAACCGAUUGAACGCUAUGAAAAACGACUGGAAAGAGAAGGAGUGAUGUAGUUAAUGUUGUUAAGCAGUAGAUUUAGUACACUCUUCAUCAAUCUAUCUAUUGAUUGGUUCUUCAUCUGCUGUAUGCCAUACUCGGAUUAGUGCGUAUUUUAUCGAACGUAUUAGAUUUCAUUGAUGUACAUUUUAUUAUCUCAACUCUAUCCACCGGAAUGGAUAAUAUUUAUGUGAUAAAAAUGGGUUUAUUGAACGCUGAACGCAUGAAACAACGAGUUUUGCAGACCUGAUUAGCAAUCAAAUUUAAAAAAUAUAUAUGCAUCGCUGUUUAUAUAUUCCUGAAAAUACCUGUACGUGAAAAUAUGUGUUAUAUAAAUGUGUAUGUGUGUCUUA